AUGGCGAUUGUCUACAAGUGCAUUGCCAACAACUGCCCUGCUGUUGCUGCAGAGUCAGCUGCGCUGGCAGGGCGCAGAGGUACAAAUUUGUGUACACGCAAUUUUUAUGGGAAGCCGCCAACGUUCCCCGCAUUCACCUCUUCCCGGGUGUGCAGGAAACUUCCGAGACAAAGUAGGGCCGCUAUCUGGGCGCCUCAUUUGACCUCGAAUAAGGCAGCAGCGCACGCAGAGCUCCAGCAGCAGCAGGAGCCGCCGCAGUGUGGGAAUGGUCAGUUGUGCCUCUCGGGAGAUGUCGCGGGUGCAGCAGCCGUGGGGAGCUACUCGAGCAUGGAGCUCAUGCGAUCCCUUUGUGUAUAUUCCCUCUGCACGUCCUCCUUCCUCGUGAACAACUGCGAAAAGCUUUUGGCCGUCUCCUGCCGGAUCCUGGGACCAAGACUGACCUUUUGGACGAUCAAAAACAGCUUUUUCAAGGUUUUCUGCGGGGGCGAGAACCUUGAGCAGAUCGUGCACACUCUCGACAAGCUGAAGCAGAGAAAUCUUGGCGCGAUCUUGGAUUACGCUGCCGAGCAGAAGCUGGAGACGCUUCCGGGGGUGCCUGCUUGCGAUACUCAGAACUUUGAUGAGGCUAUUGCCAUCACCAAGCAGACGAUCGACUUUGCAGCUUCCACGGGGGAGCGCUUUGUGGCGAUAAAGGUCACUGCUUUUGGCCUUACUGAGCCCAUAAUCCGCUUCAACACUUUGAUCCUUCAAAUCGACGAGCUUUUUGCGGAGCUUGCGGGAAUUGAAGGCGUUGGAGCGAAUGGUCGUCCAUGCCCGAGGCGCUUGGGUGAGGCUGUGGUGUCUGAACAGCAGUUCGUUUCCACGCUGUGUAAACGAGGUGUUCAAGAGGCCGAAGCAGUUGCCCUCUUCCGUGACUUGAAAGAGCAGCCGGGUGCUGACGAGGGCGGGAAGGGGGGUGUGACUUACUUCCAGUGGAGUCACAGGAUUACGCCAGGCACAGCAGGUCAUGAAGGCUCCCUGCGUUGCCUCUCCAAGGUGUUGCCAGUCUUAAGCGCGGAGGAGCGAUCUGCGUACGAGGGAAUACGAUCUCGGUUCUUCUCCGUCUGCGAGUACGCCGCACAGCAGGAGCGGCAGCCGCCAGUCCUGUUGGUCGAUGCAGAGCAAAGCACCCUCCAGGCCUUCAUUCAUCUUCUGACCAUUGAGGCACAGAAGAAGUACAACAAAGGGCGUGUCUUGAUCUCAAACACGUACCAGGCUUACCUGAAAGAUACGCGUGCCCGGCUGGUUCGCGAUUUGGAGCUCUCGCAACGCUUCGGAUUUGUGCUGUCUCUCAAGUUGGUGCGUGGGGCAUACGUUUCGAUGGAGAACAAGAUCACCCGAGAGACGGGCAAUCCUCUGCAGGUUCACGACUCCAUCGAGGAGACGCAUGCGAGCUACGAUGCAUGCGUUCGCUUCCUUUUUGAGAACCUCAAGCAUUGUGAAAUAUUCCUUGCAUCCCACAAUGCGCACUCGCUGGAGAAGGCCGCACAACUGCUGCGUCGUGCUGAGAGCGAGAUGGGGCCUGAAGUGGCGCAGAAAGUCACAUUUGGCCAACUGUACGGCAUGGGAGACGCCUUGUCUCACGGUUUGGCGGCUGCUGGUUUCUCGGUGUUCAAGUAUCUCCCGUUCGGGCCCGUGGAGGAGACGAUCCCUUAUCUCGUGAGACGAGCUCAGGAGAACGGGGGGAUGCUGGGUGGUGCUAGGAGCGAAGUUCGCUAUCUGUGGCAGGAAGCAAAGAGGAGACUCAUGGGCGGCAAGCCAGUGCACUAA